AAAUCUAACAACACUUUUUUUUUUUCAUAAACAAUCCCUAAAACUAUAACUUGCAGAUAAGAAAAAAAAACACUGCUACCAGGACCACUUCAGUUUACUGUUCAGUGGAAGGUGAAGCAGUAAUGGUUUAUCUCUAUUAUUUAAGAUAUUUUAACUAUUUUUUAGUUACUUUAAAAAUAUUCUUUACUAAGUUUAGAUUCUAUUUUUAUUUAUUCGAGUUCUUAAUGAAAGAUAUCUUUGGGCGUGUAUGAUAAAAUUAAACAUGUUAUUUGAAUAAACAAAAAGACUAUAUUUGUUCACUGGUGUUGCUAUCAUGCAAUAAUUAGUAGAAGAUGAAGGUGUUAAUGUAAUGUAUGAUGUUGAUACUAAAGUUAAUGUUGUCGUUAAGGAGGUUUGAGAAACCCUUAAUUUGCUGUUUUGUUUUUUCUGGUACCUUCACUUCCUCUCUGGCUCUUUCUCUCUUUCUUACUACCCAGAGUCCAAUUUUACGAGAAAAGGAUCCUUUUGGUGGCUAGGAUUGGGAUAUUAAGAACACCUAUUUUCGCUCUUAUCCUCUCCCCUUCUGUCGCACUUCCCUACCUUUCAAUGGAUUUUCGCAAUCCAUUUCCACCCUCUAUUCCUAUCUCUUUCUUACCUUCUGCAACUUCUCUAAGGAUAUGAUCACUUUUGGUUGCUGUUUCUGAUCCCUUACGUUGAAAACUGCUGCAGGCGAACAUGAUAUUUCUGAAUUUGAUUGUCAAACUGGGGAAAUCAAUUAGAACAUUCAAUGUUUCCCCUUCAUGUGCAAGGCUUGGUUCCUCGACCUCGCCUCAUUUCUAGGAGAAAACCUCCCCUGUUCUUUUGUUUGUUACUUCUAUUUCUGGUGCCAAUUUUUCUGUUUGGAAUUUUUGUCCAUGGCCAGAAGAUUUCCUAUUUCUUCCGUCCCCUUUGGGACAACCCCCCUGAUCCUUUCAAACGUAUACCUCACUAUUAUGCGGAAAAUGUCUCAAUGGACCACCUUUGCAAUCUUCAUGGUUGGUCCCUUCGCUCCGAGCCUCGCCGCAUUUUUGAUGCUGUCAUUUUCAGCAAUGAGUUAGACCUGCUAGAGAUCAGAUGGCGCGAACUUUUUCCCUAUGUAUCAAAAUUUGUGAUCCUUGAGUCCAAUACAACGUUUACAGGCAUUCCAAAGAAACUCUUCUUUGCCUCCAAUCUUCCAAGAUUUGCCUUUGCCAUGCACAAGACUCUCCAUGACAUAUAUCCAGGCAGAGUUGCAGUCCCUGGAACACGUGAGGACCCAUUCAUGCUUGAAUCGAAACAACGUGGGGCGAUGAACUCAUUGUUACACCGUGCAGGCAUUUCCUACGGUGAUAUUCUUCUCAUGUCAGAUACAGAUGAGAUUCCAAGUCCUCAUACUUUGAAGCUACUUCAGUGGUGUGAAGGGAUUCCUCCCAUAAUGCAUCUUGAGCUCAGGCAUUACAUGUACUCGUUUGAGUUUCCGGUGGACUACAGCAGCUGGCGUUCUACCGCCCACGUCUUUGGUCCCCGGACACAAUACCGCCACUCACGGCAGACAGACUUAAUCUUCUCCGAUGCAGGAUGGCACUGCAGCUUCUGUUUUCGGUAUAUUUCGGAGUUUGUGUUCAAGAUGACUGCUUAUAGCCAUGCAGACCGUGUGAAACGGAAGUCUUUCUUAAGUCAUUCAAGAAUUCAGAACAACAUUUGCAAGGGAGAUGACCUUUUUGAUAUGCUCCCUGAGGAAUACUCUUUCCAGGAGUUGAUUAAAAAGAUGGGGUCUAUACCCCGUUCAGCUUCUGCAGUUCAUCUUCCUGCAUACUUGAUAGAGAAUGCAGAUAAAUUUAAGUUCCUUCUUCCUGGAGGUUGCUUAAGACCACCAGAAUAAAUGCUCCUUUCAUCAAAGUAACAUGUGUAUAUAUAUAUAUAUAUAUAUAUAUAUAUAUAUAUAUAUAUAUAUAUAUAUAUAUAUAUAUACAUAUUUACUACCUACUUUUCCGGCAGACUUCAGCUUUAAAUUUGGUAGGAUACCUUAGACAGCACCAACAUUCCUACUUUUAUCAUUGUUCUUGAAAGUUAAGCAGAGCACUGGAGAAUUCUGUAGCUGUAGAAACUCUUACUACACAUUUUGUUGCUGUAGAAAUUCAUCCUGCUCGUUUACCAUUUUGGUAAUGCAGAAAAUGCCUUUGUUAA